AUGAGCACAAAUACCUUUCUCAGUUAUUUGUCUUUUAUUAAUCUGAUAAUAUUCAAUGUUCGUGCAAGUAAUCACUUUUACGGUGGUUCAAUUACAUAUAAACCUACGACUAGUUUUGGAAAUGGAGACGGUAAUGUAACAAUUAUAAUAACGCAAACCUAUUUAUGGUCCUACCCAACAAUAUAUUGUAAUGAUACUUUAGUUCGGAAUCAAGCACUGAUCGAUUUAUUAGGACAUACAGGUUACGGAGUUAAUUUAAAUUGUAUAUCAAAUUGUUCAACAUCUGGUAGUUACCAGCCUGUACCCAUCACACCCUACUGUACCGAUUAUAGUACAUCAUUAGGAUUCACAAUUGGUCAACGAUUAGAUACAGUAAACCUUGCACUGGGAUCUUAUUUUAGUGUUGCCUUUCAAAGUACAUCCCUGCCACCAUUAACUCUUUAUUCAGCGCAGGAUGGUGGAUCGUGGAGUACUGCAUGUACAAUCGAUUUAUCAUUUAAACCAAAUGGAAGAUUAAAUUUUGCACCUAUUGCACCAAUGCCGCCAUAUAUUUCUAUUCCAGUGAAUGGUCCACAAUCUAUUCAGAUACCGGUAUUUGAUGCUGAUUCUGAUAAUUUACGUUGUCGAUUUGCAACUAAUUCAUCUGUUAAUGAAUGCGGCUCGGUUUGUGCCCCAGAUUCAUUACCCAGUAGUAGCGUACUUUUUCAUAAUUGUACAUUAGUUAUUGUUGGCCAUAAUGCAAAUGAUACAUAUGCUGUCACAGUACAGGUAACGCUUUUUGUAUGA